UUUUUCAGCAAAAGAAAAGCAGGUUUUACAAUUUUAAUUAGUAUUUAAUUUUUAGUGUUCAAUAAACAAAGAAGUAAUAAUUUACACAAAUAGCUUAUUUGUUUUCAAAAGGACAUAUCCUCGAUUACUUAUUUCCGUCAAAGAAAUUCUAACUUGAAAGCAACGUAACUCGAAAUGGACUCAAAGAGACAAUAACAGUUGUAGUCUUUCAACAAUGAACCAAAAAUAGAAUCAAAUAAACCAAAAUCAUAAUAAAAAAUAAGCUAAUAUGAUAAUUCUUAUCUUUCUAGAAGUGAAGAUGAAUCUUAAUAUUAUGCUUCUUAAUAUAACGAAAGAAAACCUUUUGAUUAUAUUUAAGGUGAUUCUUUCAUAAGCAAGGAUGAAGAAGUUAUAUAAAAUCCUAAAACUGUAAAGUUUGUGUCAGGACUUAAGGACCAUGACGUAGAGAAGAAACUUUCUUCCUUGUAUAUUGUUGACAAAGACAUGAUAUAGAUGCCUGUUAUAAACCUUCCUAAAUCAAACUAAUAUGGAAUAGAGGAAAACAUACACUUUUAAAAAGAGGAUUUAACUCUUGAUAAGGAAAGAGUCUGGAAGAGUUUAACAAAGGAGAUUCUAAACCCAUUUGUUUCAUAACUCAAACCUCUAGUCAGCUAACAGACUGAUAUUGAUAAAUUAAUUGAACAAGAUAAUCACAUGAAAUUCAAAAUACUUUCAUCCAAAAACUCUGCAAAAGAAAAAAUGUUGAAAGUAAUUAAUUAAUCACCUUAGCAUCAUCAAAGUCUAUUAUAAAAAAAUCAAAAUCACAGAGUUAGCAAUAGUUUAGAUCAUUUUUUUAAGUACAUCAUACAAGAUAGUUAGUAAAAUAACCUAAAUGUUAAAUAAGAUAUUAAUAAACCUAGAAAAUCUAAUCUUUAAGUUGGCAACGAAAAUGGAGGGAGAAGAAAAAAAGGAUCAAUCCUUUAAACAGCAACAAGUAGUAGCUAAAAAAAGGCUGUUAAAAACUUAUCAUAAGCCAUCCAACAAGUUAAAUAGCAAUAAAAUGUUACUCCUUUUUUGACUUUGUUAGAAGAAGACAAGUUGAUGAAAUAAGAAAACUUAAAAAGCAUUUAAUCACCUAGAGUAAACUAAAAUUCUUAAGUAUCUCCUCUUACAUAAGAAGCAAAUCUAAAAUUAAAGAAAGCAGCAGUGUCUAAUGUUGCUUCCCCACAACUUCCAGCAAAGACUGCUACAAAAUAAGAAAAUAUUAAUAAUGAUGUUUUUGAAAUAUUGGAUAGAAAAUAUAGGAAAAAAUAUAACAUGGAGUACAAAAUGCAGCUGAGAAGAAAAAGUUGCUAUUGCUCAUAAUGUGGCUAAUGCACCCAAUAUGAAAAUAAAUAUUAGAAUAUUGUUAAUCCUAUACUUAUUAGAAAGAAAAAGAGGUUUACUAAAGUUUUUAAAGUUGUUAAUUUUCUAAAUAUUAUGAAUAGAACAGUCAAGCAAAUACCUUCUUAGUAAGAAAUAGAGAAUGAAUCUUAAGGAUCUGUUAAUAUUCCUUCUGUUUUAGAAGAAUCUGAUUCAAAUUUAAAAUAAGGAUCAUAAAAACUUAUUUAGGGCCCUCAUCGAAAAUCUAUUAUUGGUCCUCCUUCAUUAAGUAAGAUAGAGUUAAAUAAUAUAACUGAAGAGAGUCCUGUAAGAAAAGCUAAAAAAUAAAUGACUUAAGUCAAUUUAAAGAUUUAAACUAAUAAUAAGUAGGAAGAAUUUAAAAAACCUACUCAUAAAAUUAGAAAAAGCUUUACUUAGCAUUUUGACGAUGAUACAUAUAGCAUAGACAAAAAUAAAAAUGACUUUAUUAAAGAUUUGGAUAGUAGUGAUUACUCUCCCACAAAUAUUAGAAGAAAUGAUUCAGACGAGAGCUAAUCUAUUUUGUUUGAUAGAAGAUAGCAUAGCUUUGCUAUGGAAAUCAAUAGUGAUCACGAUUUCUCAUAAAACAAUACAAGACAUAAAGUAGUAGAUGCAAGAAAUAAAAGAGGAUCAAGUUAUAACUAACAUAAAUCCACUUUUCUUAAUUUUAUAGAAAAAAAAAUAUAAGAAGCUAAGCAAAAAAGAAAAGAAGAGGAAAUUAAGUAUGUGGGAAAAACUCCUCUCACUCUUCUACUUCAAAUUCUUUCUAAAGGAAAACGCGAUUCUGUUUUUACAGGAGCAGAUGAAUAAGAAAAAAAAAUUUAGCAGUACAUUUAAAAUAAAAAGCCUCACUUAAAGCAAUCAUUGUACAAGGAAAGAAUCAACAACGAGAACUAAAACCCUGAGUUAAAUUCAGAGCUAUUCAUAACUGAAAAAGGUUAUAAUACCUAUUCGAGUAGUCAGCUUAGUAAUAAAAAUAUAGGAGAUGAAACAAAUAAUAUUGAAAUUCAUGAAUAAUUUAGCAGCGAUAGGAAGAAAAUCAAUUCUCCAUCAAAUUACUUUAAAAACUCAAUUCCACCUUUGGCUCUUUUUAAAAGAAAACUUAAUAAGAAAGAAGCCUUCAAAUCUAUUAAAGAGAGAAAUUUUGUGAUUUCUCCAAUCCAAGCAAGAACAUUUGAUUAAAUGAAUGGGACAUUAACUUCCAAUUCAACUAAAUCCUAAAAUGGAUUCUCAUCCACUAAGAAAUAACUGCUAGAAUCUGCUUUGAAUCCUCUGAAGUUAGUAAAGAAAAAGAUUGAAGAAAGCAAGGAAAAAGAUCCUUAUUUACAACAAAGAAUUAUUUAAAUAGAAUCAAGUGAAAAUAAACAUCAUAAAAAAGUAUCUAGUCAUAGAGAAAACAAGAUCAUUAAUACUGAUAGAUCUAGUAAAAACAAUUAUUACAUAAAUAAUGGAUCCCAAACUACAUUAAGAUAAACAAAUACAGCUCAAACUACAGACAGAUCUUCGUUUUUCUCUAGCUCAAAUAAAAAACAAAAAUCUGAUAUCAAUAGAGGAUAGUAGCUAUUCAUAAGAAAUAAAUUAGUAAACUCAGCUUCAAAGAAUAAUUUAAAUAAAACAGAUUUCUAAAACUCGAACGAUAAAUUUUAAAAUCUAUAAAUUACAGAAAAUAACAUUUAAUUAAAUUAAAGCUUUGCUCCAAGAAAUUUAACUCCUUCCUCAUCAUUGAAAAAGUUAAUACCAAGAUUUUAACAACUUUUUGAGGAUCCUAGUUUAAAAGCAAAAACCAAUCCAUACUUGUAAUAGCUAUUUAAAUCAUAAACCCAAUCAACCAAAUAAUCUGAAUACAUACAAUCUACAAAUAAUUAAUAAUUUAAAUCUUAAAAAUAUUUUAAGUCCUCAUAAACAAAUCGUUAGUGA